GAGAAGCUUUUUGUUGUAAAAUAUGACACUUUGGAUCAACAAGGAAGGUGAAAUUUAAUAAACCCAUCAAUCAACAUAAUUUAGCAAUACAGCAGCACCGGCAAGGAGCUCAGCAGGACAGAUCAAAUACUUGCGGAGGAUCAAUGACAAAACACGUACAGAAUAAUAUGAUAAAUAAUUAAAAAUUGAAAGCAGUCACCUUGCCAUGUUUUAUAUAGUUCUUUCACAGUUUCAAGGUAAGUUACAGUACACACUGGCACGGUUAAUAACAUAUGCAUACACUUGCAUAAUGUCUGAGAUUUCACAUACAAUUUGAUUAAAAUAAAGACAUGUAAAUGUAAUAAAGUUAAAAUCAAUACAUUUUAAUCAAAUACAAAUAAAUUUCUCUUCAAUUCAAAGUGAGUUUAUUACCACUUAUUAAUACGGAUGAUAUAGAUGAUAUUUUUUGUUUGUAAAAAAAAUAAUUUAUCCCAGAUAAAAGCAUGACCGUAUCACAUUUUGAUUGGCGAAAGUUUUUUGUAAUGUGUGUUUGUUUAAUAUUAAUAUUUCUAUCUCUAGGUCUUAUUUUCGGAUUUAGUGUUAUGUAUGCAGACCUUACAAAUGUGUUUCAUUUGACAAGAAUAAAAAGUGCAACUAUUCAAGGAAUAUACAAUCUUGUUGCUCUUGGAGGAGGAGUAUUAUGGACAUGGCCAGUAAAAAAGAUAGGUUAUGGAUUAUCGUUGGUCGCAGGAGCCCUAAUUGGAUGCAUAGGAUUCAUACUAAGCUCCCUGGCUAGCAACUACGAAACUAUUGUUGUCUGUACUGGGAUUAUUGCUGGGGCAGGUGUGUCGCUUGGCUUUCUUGCUCCCUUUGCAAUAGUAGGAGCGAUAUAUAAGGAGCCAGGAUUUUCAUUAGCAUUGGUAACAGUUUUUGGAAGCGUGGGUCAAAUGGUCAUGCCAUAUGUGUACGAAAUUUUCCUAACCUACUACCACUGGUCUGGAGCGUUUAUUCUUCUUGCAGGCAUCUCGUUGCAGGGCAUACCAUGCGGGCUGUUCAUUCAUUAUUCACAUAAGCUACUUGAUACAUCUGAAAAAGAGACUGCAACGUCGUCAAAUGAUGUGUUUGGAAUAGAAUUGCUGGCAGACUAUGCUACAUGGUUAUAUUUGAUUAUCACACUUGUAACGUUUGCAACAGUCAACUUUGCACCAUGGUUCCUAGUUGAUCAAAUGGUAUCAAUUGGCUAUUCACAACGGUUUGGAGCUUUCCUGCUAUUGAUACUUGGUUGUGCAAAUGUGAUUGGCCGCAUUAUAGGAAGUUUUCUGAAACUGAAGUUGAAACAGAUACCGGCCAUAUACAAUAUGUUUUAUGUUGGACCAUUGUUGGCAAUAGCUCACACGCUUGUGAUAUACCUUCAAAUAUAUGGCAACUGGUUGAUUGUGGCUUGUAUUGUGUAUGGUUUCGGAUAUGGACUUCUUGUUGCAAUGCUACCAGUUAUUACGUUCGAAUUGUUUGGAAGUGAUAAGUUUCAAAAAGCAUUUACUUUGGUAUGCAUAGUACUUGGUCUUGCAACUAUACUUGGUAAUUUUACAGGAGGUACAAUAAGAGAUGUGUACGGUGAAUAUGAUCCAGCAUAUAAAAUAGGUAUAGCAGUUUCAUUAUUGAUCACAAUCGGAUUUAUUGUUCUAACAAUUAUCCAACAUAGACGUCAGAGAGAAAGUGACAGUCUUCUCCACCAUGGCAAUGUAAAAGAGAUACCAUACCGUAGUAUGGAUUGAACAACUGUAUGUUUUUGAUGCAACAUCCUCUCACAUGUACAUGGCAGGAGUGUUAAAGAUAUAAAAUACUGUAAUCUGCAUUAAUAAUAAGUUUAGCACUUAAUAUCUUACUAAAUGAACAUACCUUUUAAAAUAGAUGGAAAAACAACAACAACAAAAAUAAACAACAACAAACAGAGCAAAAACAGAACCCCUUAAGAGCGACACAAACGGCAACAUUGAAAAUGUUGCAGGCUCGUUGUGAUAAAGCCUGUUCAUGGACGAUACUAGAUUGUGCAAAGUACCGUCAACGCCUUCCUAGCACCGGCAUUCACCUAGCAUUCACAAAACUUUGAAAUUUUUAGACUUACAUUGAGUGUUGUACCUUAAAGGGACUCCACAGAGGUUUUUUGAAACGAUGGGACUGAAAAUAUUCUUUUCCAUAUAAAUGCACCAUUUCAUGUAGGUUUGGACCUCUAAUCUUUGUGCAAAAUUUCAGAUCAUUCACGCACUUCGUUUUAAAAAAAUUUUCCAGAAUAUUCAAAUUGUAAAAAGAAUGUCCCAAUAUGAAAAGCGUUUAAACGCUUUUCACUCAAAUCGGGGUAAGAAACGAAUUAAAAUAUGAUUGUCAAUUUAUUUCAAAGUAUUUUUUUAACUAUCUUUGCAUAUAUUUCUGUUUAAAGUGCCCCAGCUGAUUUAUGUAAGAAAUUCGAAAUGUAAUGUUUAAGGCCCCUAAACCUCAGUGGAGUCACACAUUCUUCGUUUUGUUAUGUUUAAAUGGUUUACAGUUCGUUUUAACAAAUAAUUAAUUUGUUGAAUAAAAUGUAUUUAUUGUUAAAUUACGUGUUUUAUCUUUUAUCAGUAUUAUAAAACGAUGAGAGUUAAUUAGACAGGAUCAUGGAUCGCUGUGUCUUUUCAUGACAACUAACUUUAGUGUCGUUUCAGUGUACCCUAAGGAUAUUGCCGUUGCUUAGUAUUGUUAGACCGUGGAACAGGUAAGAGAGUGUGUCUGUGAGCAUUAAAGUU